UCGGGCAAAAACCAUUGCAGUUUUAAACUGCACGAGGAUCACAGAAAUUCCGAACAAUGGGGACCAGGACUCGUGCGCAUUACGUACGCGUGUAUGGCAGAAUCUUCGAUAUCGAGAUUAUGUGGUGCUUCUCUGACUCGAUCAACGGGUUUUAUAAUGUCGCCUGGAUAUCCUGGUUAUUAUGUUGGAGGAUUGUCUUGUUUCUGGACAAUAACUCCACCACCUGGUUUGCAGGUGGAGUUUUUGCUACUUGAUGUGUCACUCAGAGAUAUAGUGGAUAAUGAGUCGUUUUGUGUUGAUAGUUUAACCAUAACCGAUCAUACGAUUGGUAGGCAUUUAAUUCGCACAUGUGGCGAAAGUCAGAAAAUUACAUCUAUAAGUUCACAAGGAGAUCAGAAAUUAACAGUUACAUUCACUACCCGAUCAAAAAACAUUUAUCCUAAAAGAGGAUUUCUACUUUAUUAUAAAGUUACAGGCUGCAAAUUGCCUCAAUUGCCGAAAGGCGUAAAAAUACUUCAACUGUCCUCCGCCAGACGUGGAGCGUCGUCUAAAGCUAAAGAUAUCGUCGUUCCAUAUUUAUCUCAACAUGUUGUUUACAAGUACUUCCUGAGAGUCCCUUAUUCUCAUACGAGAAGGAAAAAGACUUACGAUCUCGCACCGAGGGGCAAACAUAGGAGAGAUAACAGGCCAGAAGAGACGAACACGAACCACAGCUCGGAGCAUUCGGCCGAGAGUGACGCGAAAUCGGCGGCGGCGAACGGUCGGAACAGUCUGCCUGUGCGCGCCCGGUACAGCUGUGCGGUCGAAGGUUAUGUCUUUCCUGAUACUCUCUCCGAGGAAAGAAUUCUGGUCUGUGUCGACGGACGCACGUGGAAUAAUACUUUGCCCAGCUGCAUUGAUAUAAAAGAGAAUAAAAUAGACACAACCCCUCUUAUUAACGAAGCAAAAGCUGUAAUGGCUAACGAACAAGGCGAUAUGUUUUUCGAUAUUAUCGUUCCUUCAUUGCUGAUUGGCGGCCUUCUAUUUGGAAACGCAAUCAUUCUAUUUAUUAUCUACAGAUAUAGGAGAAGACAUCCUCCAACUUCUAGUCCAGAAAUUAAUGAUGUUCCUUCGUCUUCGGUGGCGCCAUAAAAUAUAUUGC